CCCCCACAACUCUCUCUCUCUCUCUCUCUCUCUCUCUCUUAUCUUCUCAGUGAAGACAAGUAAGAUACGGAUACCCAUUACCCAGAAAGGAAAUAAAAAAAAGAAAACUUUGGUAUAGGAAUCUGGAUCCAAUGCCACCUUCAUCCUUCUUUGUUGUCCUUCUCUCCUGCUUCCCAAUUGCCGCUUUGGCAGGUGAUCCUUUUGUGUUCUUCGAUUGGACUGUCUCCUACAUCACUGCUUCCCCACUUGGAGUUAAACAACGGGUGAUUGGGAUUAACGGGCAAUUUCCAGGACCAAUUCUCAAUGUCACUACAAAUUGGAAUGUUGUUGUCAAUGUCAAGAAUAAUCUUGAUGAGCCGUUGUUACUGACAUGGGAUGGCAUACAACAUAGGAAGAACUCUUGGCAAGAUGGUGUUUCAGGGACUAAUUGUCCAAUUCCUGCUGGUUGGAAUUGGACAUAUCAGUUUCAGGUUAAAGAUCAAAUAGGGAGUUUCUUUUACUUCCCUUCCCUAAGCUUUCAGAGAGCUGCUGGUGGAUAUGGGGGAGUCAUCAUCAACAACAGAGAAGUGAUUCCACUGCCCUUCGGGACGCCAGAUGGAGAUAUUACAAUCUUCAUUAGCGACUGGUAUACUAAGAGUCAUAAGGAACUAAGGAAGGAUGUUGAAAAAGGUACUGACCUUGGAGUUCCUGAUGGUAUCCUCAUUAAUGGACUCGGUCCCUAUCGCUUUGAUGAGGCAGUUGUUCCAGAUGGCAUUGCUUACCAGACAAUAAACGUUGAACCAGGAAAAACAUACCGCCUCCGGGUGCACAAUGUUGGUAUUUCAACUAGCUUGAAUUUUCGAAUACAAGAUCAUAACUUACUUCUUGUGGAGACUGAAGGAUCUUACACAGUUCAGCAGAACUACACAGACAUGGAUAUUCAUGUGGGUCAGUCAUACUCAUUCUUGGUCACGAUGGAUCAAAAUGCUAGCCAUGACUACUAUGUGGUUGCAAGUUCGCGGUUUGUCAAUUCAUCUGCAUUGGUUAGGGCUACUGGAGUUGCCAUUUUGCAUUACUUCAACUCUCUAGGACCUGUUUCAGGUCCUCUUCCUGAUCUUCCUAAUGAAUACGACUCUUAUUUCUCAAUGAAUCAAGCAAGAUCCAUAAGGUGGAAUGUGUCUGCUGGUGCUGCUCGUCCAAAUCCACAGGGAUCUUUCAAAUAUGGUCAAAUUACAGUUACGGAUGUAUAUGUGAUCCUCAAUAGACCUCCAGAGCUUAUAGAUGGGAAGUGGCGUACUACCCUCAAUGGUAUUUCAUAUUUGCCACCUGCAACACCCCUAAAGCUCGCGCAGCAGUUCAACUUGCUUGGAGUCUACAAGCUGGAUUUCCCGAAUAGACUGAUGAACAGGCCUCCCAAAAUGGAUACAUCUCUAAUUAAUGGUACUCACAAAGGAUUUAUGGAAAUCAUCUUUCAAAACAAUGAUACAACUGUCCAGAACUACCACAUGGAUGGUUAUGCAUUUUUUGUUGUGGGUAUGGAUUUUGGAGUGUGGACAGAGAAUAGCAGAGGCACUUAUAACAAAUGGGAUGGUGUUGCUCGUUGCACUACACAGGUCUUUCCUGGAGCUUGGACAGCCAUUUUAAUUUCUCUUGACAAUGCCGGCCUUUGGAACCUUCGUGCAGAGAAUCUUAAUUCAUGGUAUCUGGGGCAAGAAGUUUAUGUGAAUGUAGUAAACCCAGAGAAUGAUGGCACUGAAGUUCCUUUGCCUGACAAUACUAUAUAUUGCGGCUUACUUUCAUCGUUACAAAAUGAUCAGGCUCACAGAGUCAAGUUCUCUGGUGCACCGUCCUCAUCAGAUGUAAGUAGAAGAAUUUUGGUUAUUGUAGUGAUAGCAUUCUUAGGAGCUUGCAUAGGGUAAUCAAGUUGGAUUGAAUGAUAAGCAAGCAUUAUGUAUUAAGUAAUUGAACAAGAUAUUUUUUUAUGUAAUUUGAGGAACAGUGGAAUACAAAAUAUAUAGGUUUCAUUUGUUUCCACGGGAAGGGAAAUCAAGGGAAUGGAGUACUGUAGAAUAUUGCUGGAUGAAAAGCAUGUAAAAUUGUAAUUCUAUUGUCUAUCAUUGUAAUUUUGAAACUGAAUGUAUUACUGAUCAAGUGUUGUGAUGUAAAAUUACAAUGCCAACAUCUACCGCUUGUGAUUAAA